GUACCGUAUCGGGCCGUCAUGAAAGUUGGGAAUUCGAUAGUGGAGCAAGAGAUCUCUCUCCGGAGCCUCAUACCCUUCAAAAGCUAGUGGAAGCUGCCGCAGGAGGAACCGGAAAUAUGCUGGAUUUGGCGAAUAAGUCUCGAGAAUUUCAUCUGCGUUGGGGUCUACGAGCUUUGGAACGAAUUGUUCGAGCUGCCACGACACUACGACGCAAUAAACUGGGGGCGUCUACUACACGGUCGCAGUCUAUUACUCGUACGCGUAACUACCUACGAAUAAAUUAAUAAAAAUUUAAUUUCUUUGUUAACGCAUCUUCCGGUCGCUUCCAUGUAUUCAACGGAACACGUUCAAUUAAUUUUUUUCAACAAAUUAUCGAUAAUUUUACAAGAAUCGAUCGGCUUAGUCGUUUCUAUGGUAAGAGCCAGUAACGAUCAGGUAAGCGUACGCUUUAACGUGUAGUCGUCCGAACGAGAUGAAUUUUAUUUUACAACACGCGAGAGCUCUUUAGACCUUUGACUAUUAUUUAGUCCCUAUUGUCAACUUGGAUAGUCAAGGUUAUAGACGUAGACAUGGAUAUAAAAUAGGCCAGCAUUGACGAGUAACGCAAGUAUACAAGGAUAUGUAUUUGGCAAUCGGUGUAAGAGAGACGAGAAUAUCUCUGAGUUUUCGAUGCGAUGCGUCCCAAGAUCGGCUACUCUCGGCAUCGCUCGGACUCUUUCGGCCACCGCUACGUGAAAUGCGUAAAGGGUGUGGGAGAAUCGGUGGCUCAGUCCGUCACCGAGCGAGCGUUUUGUCUGAUGUACUAGUGAUUGGUCACCGUCACGAGUCACACGAGUUGUGUCACGACUCACGCGUCAUCGCUCCGAAUAACCGAUAUCUCGUGCGCACACCACUAAUAAUCUAUUACAUGUACAAUUUUUUCACGCGAGCCAUAGUCGUGUUGUCCGAUUUCAAAGGACAAAACGUCGAGGUCGCUAUACUUGGACGGCACUGAUCGAGUGUUUGUACUUUGCUUCCUGGCCAAUUUUCCUUAGAGGUCCAAGUGUUACCAGUAACGAUCGGUAAUCGGAUAGGGCAAACGAUAAUGCGUGGACACCGUAUCUCAACCUCUUUAUAAACUGUUUUAUGAAUGUCGCGUCGUCUUUAGAUAUGUCGACGGUAGGCUCGGUAACGCAUACAAGAUUGUUGUAUGCUUUUUCGGUUCUUGUUCGUUUGUUUACAUUUUAAAAAUAAAACAACAUUCCUACACCUAGAUCGAUUCGCUACUACUACGUUACUAAUAUUACCGAUACGGAACGAGGUAAAGUUUCAAGGUCGCUCAAAGUACGAAUACCGAUAAAUUUCCUCGAUUGAUUUUCGUACACGUUACGAAUUGGAAAGUAUCGCGACACGCAAACACAUCGAAUAACGAGUAACGAUACAUCGACCGAACGUUUCCUGGCUCCGGUUAACGACGUAUCAACCGAUAGUAACGCACAGGCACUCGUUGAGAAUCCCCUAUCGAAAUAGAUUUCUAGGACUCGAUCUUUGGUAGCAUGAAAAUUCAACGAUUAUUAAACGACGACGACGACGACGACGACGACGACGACGACGACGACGAUUCGACGCGCGAUGCUUAAGAUUGACAGAGGUUGGUCCGCAUUUACGUAAAAUGCUGGAAAGACGAUCAAUCGCGCGACGAGAAUCAAUGUAAAAGCAAUUAAAGCGAUGCUAGCAACGUGAAUUGCGCGGCAACGUACACAACCUAACGUUAUUUCUCGUGCAUUUCUUCCAUCUCGGAGUUGUUCCAUCUUUGUCGAGUCGUUGACGGUACGAUAAUCUGAAGCUAAUCGUAAGACCAUCCGUCUCAUAUCUACCGACCAGGAAGCGCUCGAGUCUAUGCGACUCGUUUCGAUGUUUCGACGCAAAAGUAGAAAACGAGCUGUAACGUUAAAAGAGGACGGGGAAUCAACGAUGCGAACAACGAGCUACUAGCCGCGAGAUGAAAUAAUUAUCGACUUUAUCGCGAAAUCUUUGUUCCACGCGUUGGCAUAAUUAUCACAAAAAUAACAACGAAACGGUGGAAUCGGUUUUGAAACAUUCGGAAAAUUCUUCCAUGACGGUUUUUAUCGUAUCGACCCCGCGUAAAGACUAAUUGCAGCAGGUGGUAAGGACCUCGUUAAGUCUGCUCCGGAAACCUCUAGCCCUUUCUCGCGUUCAUAAUUACCGGUCGAGUAAUUCAUUUAUUUAACCGCAUAUGCGUAUGUGCUUGAUCCGUCCGUUUGCGACGACGCCAACGCCGACGCGACGUUCUCUCCGAAUCUUGAUCUCGUCGGGAAUUGAUAUACAUGAUAGUAUACUCUGGCUAGAGCAACUAACCACCACCUUUCUAGAUCGACAAGUUUGUGCCAACUGUGACCUCGUACGAAUGCAAUUACGAUCCUACGGAGAGAAAGAAUUAAGGAAAAGCACGAGAGGCAACGUGGCGGGCUUCACGGUAGCCGCAAACAAUGGCUCCGCGGAUCGGUUACACCGCCAGAGAGUGCAGCAGCAACAGCAACAGCAACAUCGGUACUGUCAACGAGCGAACAAAUUCUCAGUGCAAACGAAUAGAGUCUCUAACUUUGGCAAAGAGAUUUUGGAGACGGCGCGUCGAAACGACCCGAUUUACGUACACUGUGCCACAACCGAGAACGAGGAUGCCGAGAAAGAGGAGAAAGAAGAAUCGAAAGGAUUAACUAGGUCCCGAUCGUGGCUCUGCUGCCCGGCUGAUCGCGGCUCCGAUACAACUGUUCCUAUACAAGUUGAAAUUAAUCACAGAGACAAGCAUCGUGAAUCUCUUCACGCGGCCGCGCUCUCGUCCCUGCGAUCCGAGGUAGCUGAGCUAAACUCGAGACUGAUAACGGCGACCAGGGCAAGGGAAGCUGUCGAAGCGGCUUUGGUUCGAGCCGAGGUCCAAGCAGCGAGAGCCGAACAGAGAGCAGACCAACAAGCAGCGAGACACGAGGAAAGGCUUACAGAGUUGCACUCUGUGAUCGCCGAGCUCGGCAGGCAGCUCGAAAGGCAUCGAGCUACCGUUAUCGCCGAGGAGGAUGAGUCCGAAAUAGAGACGAGCAGAGAUGCGGAGGGCUCGAUCACGAAUCCGGUCGAAGAGAGCGAAGCUGGUGGCGAUAUCCAUGGUGACGGAGAUCGUACCUUAGCGGACGUCGAUUCCAGCUGCUGCGAAGAUAUCGAGCCGCGUGCUAUCGAGAAUGAGAGAGAACAGUUGGAUAGUCCGGCGGCGUUGCCGACCCCAGAGCCAACGCAUCAGGCAGCCUCGUGCCAAAGCGUGGCGGUGGCUACGUUACAGGAAGAGAUCACAGCUCUUCGAGCAGAAAUUGCGAGCCUACAAACGCAACUCGCUAGUUGUAAAAAUCAGGCUAGCAGUCAGAAGCAGCACCAGCUUGACAGCGAAUCGCCUCGCAGAGAACCAAGAACAAGGGGCAACACCAGCUCGCCAGAACCUUUGAGUGCACCUUGUUCGCCGCUCUUACCACCUCUACAGACACCGCCGACAAAGAGCGUAACGAGGGAGGAAGCUCCGGUUCUGAAAAUGGCCGAGAGGGUGAGACUCAGAAGAACGGACGAGAGGCAUAUCACAGGACCCGAUAUUACCAACUUGGGGGUAUGCUCCACGAUGGUAGCAGAGCACUUGGUGUCCGAUUUGCUCGAGCACUCGAACCUUCAAGAACUGAACGGGUCCGAGAGACAAUUCGAAGUUGAAACGGAGAGACUGAACAGCAGACUAGAGCACGCGCGAGCAAACAACGCUGUUCUUGCGCUCACUUUGCACGAGAGCAAAGCGCAAUGCGAUAGAUUGAGCCUACUGGUAGGAAAGUACGAGUCAAAUGCUACCGCGUUACGCCUAGCUCUUUCCUACAGCGAUCGCGCGAUAGAAGCUUACGACGUUCUCGUAGCCUUGUUGGAAAGCGAGAUCGGUUUGUCAACGGAAAGAACCAGUACUACGAUCGAUAACCGAAGGGCAGCCGAGCACGUAGCCUAUCAUGUUUUGAAUAAAUUGGAAAACGACUGUACCAACACUCUAAAUGCACCGUGGGAGGAUAGCAUAGUCUUGUCGGAUGAAUCUGAAGUAACGUGGAGCGUCGAAGAUGAACAAAGGCUCAGAAGGCACAUCAGUAGACUAAAAGGAGAACGUGCUAUGGUCAGAUCGACCGCAGUGGAAUUGGAAAGUAUUCACUCGGAACCUUUGAACUCUAAGAACACCAUUUCUCUAGCAGAAGCUCGAAAAUUAGACUUGGAAACCGCCGUGUUAAUGCAGGAAUUGAUGGCUAUGCGAGAAGACAAAGCAGAGUUACGAGCACGCGUUUUCCUCUUGGAGAAGGAACGGGCUACCAUAGAAUUAAAAUUAAACGCACGCGACACGCAAAUUGCAGCCCAACAUGCUGCCAUUGAACAUCUCCAAGGCCAACUAAACGAUACGGAGGCCAUGCUAGCAAUGGCAUCGAAUAAAGAUCGAGGUUUGAGCGACAACGAAAGCGAAGGCAUAGAAUCCGAAUUGAUAGAGGCGCUAGGUCGAGAAGCUAGGCUAAAGGAACGAUUACAGGAACUAGUUUCGACGUUGGAUAAAGUUAACAAGAACUCCGAGCUAAGACAUCAACAGUCGGCUGAACUUGUCAAUGACCUGAAAAGAGCCAAUGGAUCUCUGGUACAGACUUUAGAGAAAUCCAAGAAAAAAUAUCAAUCCAGGCUGAAGAAGUUGGAACAACAAAUGUUAGGAAUGGUAGAAAGACAUGCCGCGCAGGCGAAAAUGCUGAAGCAACGCAUAGCAUUACUGGAGGAGGAAUCGGCAGGAUACAAAACCAGUCUACCGCUUCAGUCGCAAAGUUCUGGAGCCAGUGAAACGUCGUUAUGACAAUUGAGUGAUUAAUGAAAAUCAUUGGUCAUCGUCUCGACGCGGGAAUAUUUUUUAUUAUCUUUCCUGUCGUUGCAGUCUAAUCGAAACGAAGAUAAAAAUUUACGUAUUUUUCUACAGGAAUAGUUAUUCGAAAAUAAUGCUUGAUUAUUCGCUUUUUGUAAUUCUAUAAAAAAGAUUGCGCGUGUAGUGGCUAUCCUAACGAAUUUCAAUCACCAAGUUAGGCUUUGCGAAUCUGUUACCGAGAUACAUCGAUGCGUGCAAACUAUUUAACAAAGUCCUCCAGGUGUACCGUGACGUAUAAAUGAUUGUUACUUAAUAAUAUAUGUCGUUUAUAGACCGUGAUAUUCAUCUUGUACAUAUGUAUAUUUCAAGCAUUAAAGAGAAGCGUGAUACAUGUAAACUAUGAUGAAAUAAAUUGUGCUUUAUUAAA